UAAAUGAGCCAAUCAGCUGAACGCGCGAGAACGAGGCGCGAAAGCCAUACUGGUAUCUGUAUCUCUUAAUUUCUCCGUUUGAACAUCGUUUGUAGAAAUAGAAUGCUUCCCCUGAUUUUUGUAUAACUUAAUCUUAGUUGUUCGCUAUAACUAAUUUAAGUAUCACGGGGUGAAAAUCCAUUUUUCGGUUCGCGUGCGUUUAAUCCAACUCGACAGUUGACAAGAAGACAAGAUGUCGUCGGUCAACAGUGAAAUAAAAGCGGAAUCUACUCUGAAGUGAUACACCUAAACACGAGAGUGAGUGAGUCACGGAGGGAAUCACAAUGUGUUCUAUACCGGGGCUCCCAUCAACAGGUUCAGAUGUACCUGUACUUAUUACCAGAGUUAAUCUGAACCCAUCAUGUGUUCUGGUAGAGUUUUGGGGAAAUUUUGACCAAGACCGGAAGUUUGCUUAUCAGCAGCUGAAAAAGGAGAUUCAAUACCCCAGAGAAGGUUUCUGUGAAUCAGAUGGAAACCCCGGUGACUUGUGCCUCGUACGAGUGUAUGAAACAUGGUACAGAGCCCGUAUAGUUUCAAGAGACACUGAAGAUUACAGCGUGUUUUUAAUUGAUGAAGGCAGAACACUGCGUGCCACCGUUAACACGCUUGCAUGGGGGAAAAGUGACUUUUUCUAUCUUCCCCCUGAAGUUGAAUUCUGUGUUCUUGCCAAUGUGUUACCACUGUCUCCUGAAAACAAAUGGUCAGCAAUGGCCUUAGAGUUCAUGAAGACUUUCUGUGGUCGAAGAGUCAAUGCUUCAGUUCAAGAUGUUCUUGUGCCUCAUCGAACAUUCCUUCUUGACAUUCCUUGUCUGUCCAGACAGAUGUUUGAAAUGGGCUUCGCAAAAAAAUUGUACAGUGAUCGUUUCAAGGAGUUUGUUGCAAGAUCUUUGCAGGCCAACAAUGGAACUGGAGAACCUCAGAGAAUUUCUUCCAUUAGGCACAAACCAGUUGAGAUCAUUGAGCAAAUGGAGAAGCAGCAGGCCUACAUGUACCCAGAGCUGCAAACUGAUACUGUUGAGACUGUCAUGGUCACAGAAGUAACAAGUCCAUUUAGGAUAUUCUGCCAGCUUAAGGUUUUCUCUCAGGAGCUGAAGAAGUUAACCGAACAGAUAACUCAGCAUUACGAGGGAAGAGUUGGAGGUAAAUUUGCAAGAAAUGAGAAUUUGGGCAGCCCGUGUGCAUCCAGAGGAAGUGACGGCAAGUGGUAUCGUUCAGUGCUGCAGCAGGUCAUGUCUGCCAACAAUGUGGUUGAGGUUUUGCAGGUGGAUUAUGGGAAGAAACAAUUUGUACAAGUUGAGAAUGUCAGGCCUCUUGCCUCUGAAUUUUUCAGGAUGCCCGUCGUAACGUAUGUGUGCUCCCUUCAUGGAAUAGUCGACAGAGGUGUUGGUUGGACAGCUUCACAGAUUGAUUACCUGAAAUCUCUCCUGCUCAACCGCACAGUGAUUGCCAAGUUUCAGUAUCAAAGCCUUUCUGAAGGUGUUCACUAUGUCACGCUUUAUGGAGAGGAGAACACAAACAUCAACAAAUUGUUUGAACUGAAACAGAAAUGUUCACUGGACUCUGAUAUGACCCUUGCAGAUUUCACUCUUCAGAAGAGCCCAUCAUCUCAAAAGAGCAAGAUUUUGGAGACCACUGAGACCACACACAUUGACAAAACCUACUCUGACCUUAAAGGGAACAAACCAGUCUUUUUCACAGAAAAUCUCUCGCCUAACACUUCACAUGUGGCUGUUGUGCAGCACGUUGACAGCCCUGGAAAAUUUUGGAUUCAAACUCAGCGUUACGCCGAUGAAUUCAGUCAGCUAAUGAAUGACCUUGGAGAUCUGUACAUUGAUCCAUCAAACACUGAAGGAUUGAUAAGAAAGCCUGUUGUUGGUCUUCUCUGUGCAGCUAAAGCCCAAGAUGAUGUGUUCUAUAGAGCGGCUGUCUAUAAGGUCAUUGACAAGAAAGCAGAAGUUUACUUCCUUGACUACGGCAACACAGAACUUGUUGAUUGUUUAAAUCUCCGACAGUUGCCUCUGAGAUUCCAGCAGCUGCCAGCUGUGGCGAUAAAGUGCUCUCUCCAUGGCAUUAAAUCCAGACUGAAACACUGGGAUGAGAGGGCUACUUUGUUCUUUUCGAAACUUGUUGAAGACAAAGUACUUGAUUUGCACGUACAAGACAAGCAUCAAGACACUCACAUGGUUCAGUUGGUGGACCCGAGUUUAGAUGGAGAGAAUGAUGUGAGCAAGUUAUUGUGCAAUGCAAAUUUUGCAGAAAGUGAAAAUAGUGUUGUGGAUAAUUCUGCGGUAAGAUCUUGUGAUUUAAAAACCAUACACACCUCUGGCAUGUUCUUGACAAGCACUCGACCUGAGACACCUUCCAGUUCUUCUGCUGUGGCAGAAAGUGCAUCUGUUUUCAAGGAAUACUUGUUUCCAAUUGGAAGUUCACUGGAGGUAACCGUAUCCUACAUUGAGAGUCCAAAUGACUUCUGGUGUCAAAAAGCCAGAAAUGCUGCAUGCUUAGAAGUGCUAAUGCAAGAUAUUCAGCGUUUCUAUGCUCACAGUGAAUUUCAGACACCUUUGGAAGCAGCUUGUGUUGCUCGUCAUCCUGAAACUGGGAUAUGGUACAGAGCCUUGGUCAUUCAAAAGCACCAAACGCCUCAUGUUAAUGUCUUGUUUGUUGACUAUGGGCAGACAAAGAAGGUUGCCAUUGAAGAUCUUCGAAAGAUCAGUCCAGCAUUUUUGAAGAUGAAAGGACAAGCCUUUCGAUGCAGUUUAUAUAACCUGAUCCACCCGGUUUCCCACUCAGCUUUAGACUGGAGCCCUGAAGCCACAUUGCAGUUUCAAGAGUUUGUUGAUACAGCUGCGUCCAAGAACGUGCCUUUGAAAUGCACCAUUUUUGCUGUAAUGUAUGAUUCCCAGAAAGUUGUGUUCAAUGUGGUGGAUUUGGAGACCCCAUUCCAAAGCAUUUGCAAUCUCCUUGUUCAGAGACGCCUAGCUGAUCGUGCACCCUCUAAGAGAGCUCCUCUUCCACCCUUUCGCCUGGACACCUACUAUUAUUCCACACAUGGAGUCAAGACUGGAUGUGAAGAGGAAGUGAGUGUCACCUGUGUGAAAAGUGUCAAUCAGUUCUUUUGCCAUCUUGCCAGGAAAUCAGAUGAGAUUGAGAACCUUGUAGACAAGGUCAACUCCCUGUGCCGUCAGCUAGAGGUAAUCAAGUGUCCUCAGACCUUUGGAACUGUUUGCUUUGCAAAAUACACAGAUGGACUUUGGUACAGAGGCCAGAUAAAGUCUUCAAAACCGUCAAUGGUUAUCAAUUUUGUGGAUUAUGGCGACACAUUGGAAGUUGAUAAAUCGGACUUGUUGCCAGUUCCAAUUGAAGCAGGAGAGAUUAUGUCUGUUCCAGUGCAGGCAAUUGAAUGUGGGCUGUCAGAUAUGCCCGAAAAUGUGCCAUGUGAAGUGGAAAAUUGGUUUCAGAAUUUUGCAGACAGUCAUUGUUUCACUGCUUUGAUCGUGGCAAAAGAACCUAGAGGAAAGCUCAUGGUAGAACUUUAUGAGGGAAAAACUCAAGUGAAUGCACUGAUCAGACAGAAGUUUCACAAUGAAAUCCAUAGAAAUGAACCAAGCCCAUUCAAAGGAUAUGGUUCAAAAAACCGAAGUGCACAAGCUCCGGCAGCACUUGCAAAGGAAAGUUUCAGUGGUCUAAAGAGAGAUCCCACAGAUCAAGUUCCACAAUCCUGGGAAAGUCAUGCUGCACAACGAGGAAAUGUUGUUGAAUCAAAACAGCCAGGAAGCAAGUGGGGAUUCCAUAAAGAUGGUAGACCAGAGCCAACAAGAGACUUUGGGACAUUCAGUAAUUCCCAGAAGCAACAUGAACCACAAAGAAAGUCCAAUGAUAGAGCUGUUGUACGUCGCCCUUGUCCAUCUGACAAAACUGAUGGUGUUAAACCAAAGUUCCAGGCUCUUCUCAGAGAAUCUUCACUCCCAGUGAAAUUAAUAGAACCAGGUCUAGAAGCUGAGGUAUUCAUCUCUCAUUGUAAUAGCCCUUGUAGCUUCUUUGUUCAGUUAGCAGCAGAUGAGGAUGACAUUUACUCACUUGUAGAGAAGUUGAAUGCUGACCAGUCAAGGUGUGCAAACAUUGAUUCUAGUGACAUUCGUGAGGGAGACUUGGUCUGCGCAAUGUUUCCUGAUGAUAACUCUUGGUAUCGUGCAGCAGUACGAAAAAACAUUGAUGACAAAAUUGACGUUGAAUUUGUCGACUUUGGAAACACGGCUGUGAUUUCUGCCUCAAAAAUAUGUCGUCUUGAUCAAUCAUUUUCUUCGUUUCCUAGGUACAGCAUCCACUGCUCUGUACAUAAACUAAAUGUUGACAGUGCAGACCAAGAACUUGCACCCAACUUCAAACAAGUAAUUGAUCAAAACAUUGAAAAGGUCAUGUGCACAUUCGUUAAAAUGUCAGGGACAGUGUGGGAAGUGAAACUUGAUGUUAAUGGUGUAGUGCUGGGAUCUACCAGCAGGCAUGAAGUUACACCAGCAGCUGAGCUUUCGACUACAGGUGUCAAGCAUCAGACGUCUGAUGUCAAGGUCUGUACCCGUUACAAGAACCCUGAUGUAUCAGCUGGUCAAAUGAUCACUGGAUACACCUCAUUUAUCAAGGGCCCUCAGCUAUUCUGGUGCCAAUAUGCGGCAAUGAACAAACUUCAAGGAAUUUCAGAUGCUUUACAGAAUGCUGGAAAUGCAUCAGAAAAAACUUUGAGUGAGGACUCUGUGCCAGUUGGAAGUGCUUGCAUUGCUCUCUUUACUGAAGACAAUUUGUGGUAUCGAGCUAAAGUAACAUCUAGGGACCUUGAUACACUCUCCAUUACCUUUGUAGACUAUGGAAAUGAAUCAAAAGUCAAUAUGGGUGACGUCAAAGCACUUCCGCCCGAGUUAUCAGAUGUGCCCCCUCAGGCAUUUAACUGUCAGCUUGAAGGUUUUGAUCUUUCCAAGGGUUUCUGGGAUGAAAAGGCAGAUGAUGCUUUCUUUGACCUUGUUAAUGACAAUCUUUUAAAUAUCACUGUUGAGAAAAUGGGGAACUCUGAAACGCCACACUUCGUCAAGCUGAGUUGUAAUGAUGUUGUCAUCAAUGAUGCCAUGAGAAGCUAUUGGAGAAGUCAAAGUCCUGAAAAUCCAUCAGUUGAACUCUUAAGUGGAGCAGGACAGUUGUCUGCCAAUGACUCUGUGGCUGCUGAAGUUGAUAUUGACUCUGAAGUUACCCUUGAUGCAGACACUGACCAUGUUGACAAUGAAACGUGCACCUCGGUUCUCGAAAUGCAACUUUCUGAACAAGAGCAGCUUGAUUUAAUGACAAAUACAGAAGCUGGAAAUAAAGCACAGGAUGGCCCACUUGAGAUGACUACUGAAAAUGUUUCCUCACCCAUUACUUUGAGUAUAGUGCCUUCUGAACCCCAAGAUGACCUGGAUACCACAUGCAUCACAGAUGAUCAACCUGUUUCAGGUUCUGCAAGUUCGUCCGACACAACAAACCAGCAUGCCUUCGCUGAAGAGACAGAUGUUGACCCAACACCUUUUCCUGUAGUUUUGCCACAGCACUCUGAGGGAGCAACAUCUAGUAUUUCCGCAGAGAAUAUAGAUAGCUUCUUGAUGAAUAACACUGAUUCUCAAUUAUGCAUUGUUGAGGAACCAGAUUCACCAUCAUAUGAGAUCAUUCAGUCAGACUUGGGAUAUUUGAGGCGAUCGACGGAGAAGAAGCCUGUUGGGUCAGAAUGUGUGAUCUGGUCUCAUGUAAGAAGGAAUUGGUGCACAGCACGAAUUUUAAAAGUUUCUGAAGAUGCUGCAUUGGUUUUGCUUGUGGAACAUGAUUCUGAGGUGGUAGUAGAUCCACUCAACAUCUUUGAAAUUCUGCCAGAGAAGCCAUUGCAGACUUCAAGCAUUGAAGCUGCAGUUCCAAGUGAUCUAACCAAGGGAACAUGUCCCUCAUUGAAGAACAGUGCUUCAAAGGUGGAAGAUGCAGAAUAUGGAACUACAGUCGCUUUGGAGUCUGAGGAAACAAAUGCAUUUUUAAUAUGUCAAGGUGAAGAGGAAACUCUCAUUGACCAGAUGGAUCCAGGUGAUGAACUUUCAGACCAGCCUCAAGACAAGGGGUGCGAGUCCUGCUCAGUUGUUUUGGUGGAAGAUUCUGAGGUUGAAGAUGUGUUGGGAGAAUGUGCACUUGUUCAGGUACUGAAUUCUGAACAGGAUGACUCCCAAGAUGACUUGAAUACUUCAGCUGGAGAGCAGGAGAGAGAAGAUGGUGCCAAGAUGAGUACCGGAGUGGAUUUACUGAUGGAUUUCCUUGAUGUUGCUCCCCAUAAUAAGGUACAGGAUGAAUGUGAGACUGAGCCUGAAACGGAUGCCUUACUGGAGGAGUUUAAUAUAGGUGUUACUGAAGAUCUUAUUGUUCUGACCAGUGAUGAUGGAGCAGAGUCUGACACAGCAUCUGAUGGCACGCUUCAGGGAGAUGUGAUGGUCACAGAAAUCCAUCCUGAUGCUGAAGCAUCUUCAUGCUUACAAGAAAAGUCAAACGCAUCUGAUUGCACCCACUUGGAGGAUUCACAAGUCACUCAUCUGACCUUGAAAGUUGAGGAUACAUCUGACGACGAUGUCAUUUUUGUUGGUGUUUUGCGAGAAUCCCAGGCAGAAGUAUGUGAGCCAGAGAGUGAAAAACAGAAGCAUGACUAAUGUAAACUUUGUACCUUAAAAGAGUUGCUUUUGUAUGUGUAUGUGUUUUUGUUAAUCGCAUUUAAAUUUGUUUUUUUUGUUUUUUUUUUCCUCUACUUGAUACCAUAAACAGUAUAGUAGCUGCAGUAAGCACUGAUGCUUGUUCAUAGAGUAGAGCUGUAGUUUUCACCUUCCAUUACUGUUCACUGAUUUCUCGUUGCAGAUAUGAAGGCUGUUUUUUUUGUUUUGUUUUUCCUUCCCAUUUAUUACACAGCCUUUCAUUGGGUUCCUUAUUGGAUUUCUAAAACUGUUUCCAAAUUGUACUUUGUCCAAGGAUUUUGUUAUUUGUUCAGAUGCUCUUAAAAGUUUACAUUUGUGGUGAAAAAGCAGUUUGCUGCAUUGUGGUAACUGGUUUAAUUUUUCUUUAAUAAAUAUGCACCCUUUUUGUGCAGCACUUACAUGAA